AUGCCCGUCCCCUUCGAGGCGCUGCUCCCCUAUGGGAUCAUGCUGGCCUUCUUCGGCGCCAGCGGCGCUGGAAUGGCCAAGCUCAAGACCCUCCAGAACGGCGGCAACCGCACAAGGCGCUCCCUGGAUGCUUGGGAUAGGCAAAUGAUGGAGCGCGACCGCAGGUUGACCGGCUACCUCCGAGGCCAAACGGACAAGCCGGAGGCGCCCGAUGGCUUCGAGCUGAACAAUCCCUGGAAGCUCGAGAAGCGGAUUAUGUAA